GAGUGCUCGUUGAUCCUUAUAAAACGUUCGUAUUAAAUCACGUCGAGAGUGUGGCGUGUGCACCUCGAGAGAGAUCGUAAGGAACAAAUGAAUCGAAUUCCUGUAGCUCCGCGCAACGAGACUUUAUUUUUCAACAAGAACUAAUUCGUUGCCCAUCGUUUGCGCAUCGAGUUGAGUUUCGCGUGCCGUUCCUCCCGAGCUUUUCGCGAAAUCGUCGAGAAUGUUGCGAAGCGAGGAACUCCUUGCAGAAGAUUUCGUUGUCGUAUCGCGCGGACGCGCGUGCACGCAUAAUCUUCGCGAUCCUCUCGUCGCAUCGCGCCGGUUCUCGAUUCGCGCGCUUUGUGAUUCGAGGCGCCUCGGAAAGCGCCGCCAUAUUUGUAAUCUGAGUUGCACGCGCGGAACGGUAAACGGAGUCACUGCCGGGAAUCUUCGUGGCGAAUGAAGCAGCGUGUUAAAAUCAUCCGCGAACAGUUUCGCGGUUUCGUCUUUUGCGAUAGGUUCACGAACGGCUUCCUAACAGUUUAAUCACGGUGUCGCGACGUGUAACUCGCCCCCGUUAAAUUCCGUUGCGAAAUAAAUAUCGCGCCGCGAGUGUGUGUUGAUCUCCGAGGGAAACUUUGCGGAGAUGGAAAUCGUAGGUGGAGCUCGAUUGCAGUUCGUCAGGAUGAUUAGCUUCGGAACUUGAAGUGAAUAUCGACGGAAAAAUGGCGGACCGACAGAGAAGGAGUCGAUAUCUGACCAUUAGUAUACUGCACAUUAUUACAAUAAUGUGCCAAGCGCUUUCCGACCCGCCAAUAUUUGCCGAGCCGAUACCAAAUGUCACAGUGGCGCUGGGAAGGGACGUCAGCUUACCCUGUGUUAUCGAAAAUCUCGGAACUUACAAGGUGGCGUGGAUCCACGUUGGCCGCCAAAUGCUGCUCACUAUUCACAAGCAUGUGGUCGUGAAAGUACCCAGGUUUUCCGUGUCGCAUGACAAUCAGAAAACAUGGUUGCUUCAUAUUAAUAGCGUGCAACAGGACGACCGGGGUUAUUAUAUGUGCCAAGUAAAUACCAAUCCAAUGAUAAGCCAAGUGGGCUUUCUUCAAGUCGUUGUGCCACCGAAUAUAUUGGAUUCCCUUUCUACGGAGAGCACUGUGGCAGUUCGAGAACAUCAGAAUAUUACUCUCACGUGCAAGGCUGAUGGAUAUCCGCCGCCGAAAUUAAUGUGGAAACGAGAAGAUGGCCAAGUAAUAAGUGUCAACAAACAUCACAAAGUGCCCCUGUAUGAUGGCGAGCAAUUAAACUUGACGAGGAUCACACGCAGCGAAAUGGGCGCUUACCUCUGCAUCGCGACCAAUGGUGUGCCGCCCACGGUCAGCAAGAGGAUCACCGUGGAUGUCGAAUUUUCUCCAAUGAUCUUUUCUCCAAUGAUCUUCGUGCCGAAUCAGCUUGUCGGUGCGCCAACUGGCACCAACGUAACGAUCGACUGUCACACAGAAGCUUAUCCCCGUGCCAUGAGUUACUGGUUUCUGGGAGAUGAGAUGAUUCUCUCCAACGAGAAGUACUCCACGAAUAUCAUGGAGAACAGCUACCGCGCGCACAUGAGACUCACCAUCAGGAACUUGACAGCGAGUGACUUCGGUAGCUACCGGUGCAUUAGCAAAAACUCGCUCGGCGAGACGGAGGGAUCCAUCAGAUUAUACCCUAUUCCGAAGCCAUCGGCAGCACCGAAGGCAACGGAGAUCAAGAGCAGCGCCAACAAUGAAGGACGACCGAGCACGCCACCGCCAGCAAAAAGGCUGACCACCGUGUGGCCCUCGUCGUACAACCCCUACUAUCCGAAAAGGACAGAGAGACCACCUCAACCGAGUGAGGAGAGGGUCGAGAGGCCCGAGCAGAAGCUACGUGGUGGCGAAAGUACAGGAAGCGCAUACAUCAUCAGAUGGAGUGCGCCGCAGUUGAUGGUCGUGGCGGUGCAGUACAUUCUCACGGGGCCCUACAUGCCCCCCUACGUACCGCAGACAGCGAAUUAAGACGUCCGUCGCCGGAAAAGAACCACCGUCGCGCCGUUCACCCGAGGAAAGGGUAGUGAACGUUCCGCGACACGAGGAGAGGAGACGGGGAACGAUGGUUCCUAAAAGUAUAUCGUCGUGUAUCUUUCGCGGUGAGCGUGCUUUUUUGCGGAGCCGCGUCGAGCGCAUGGAUUAUGGAGCACUGAUGGACAGGAAAUGUGCUCGCGAACGGGUAACUGGUUUACGACCGAUAGACACUAAUCUAUUCCAAUCUGAAAUGGAUUCCGAUUUUGUUUUAUGCACCAAUCGUCGAUCGAAUGGUCGAUCGUCGCGAAUCGGAUCGAGAGAUUUUUACCGCGACAGCGAAGUUUCGCGUAAUUUUAUUCUUAUUAAAUGAUCCUCCCGCCGAGGAUACACUGGAAUAUCCUGGCUGUGCUCGAUAAAGUUCUCUUCUUCGUUACGGAUGUCGUGUAAUUCUCUGUAAAAUCAUUUUCACACGCGGGGAUCGAUAAGCCACCGUGCUCCGCUUUCAGCUACAAGGUUUAAAAUUUAAAUGGACAGCUAGAAAGAGCGGACGAUACCGACAUAAUAUUAAUCGGUAAGCCGCGACCAAUAAACUAAAUAUUAAUGUACCAUGACAGGCUGCGUGGAUACAUUUGAAAGUAUUUGAGAUAAUUUUAAACAAAGAUGAUAUAAUAUUCGAGUAAAUUUUACUUGUUGAGUUAUAUAAUGUCAUUAUCUUUUGCGAUUCCACGAAAUACUUUUCUUUUAUAAUUAACGCGAUGUACAGUACAUAUAAUAGGCAUGUCGCAUGUGAUAUGAUUCGAAAAUCACGGAGAUCGUUUAAUUACUUGCCGUAGAAUAAGUUUCCGACAGAUCCGUGAUAUUGCCUGUGUCCAAUAAAAUCAAGAUAAAUACAAUUUUUUUUUUUUAAUUUCAAGGAUCGUUGUUCCGUAAUAUGAAAAUAAUAAAGAAGAAUAAAGUUGAAUCAAACAAAAUUGUACGUUUUCUCAACGUGUAUAGAUUUACGUAUAAAUCAACGCAGAGACCAACACGUUUAUACGCAAUGAAGAGGCGUCCAAGCAUCUCUCCAGAGAACUAAGGGGGGAUUUGAUUAAUGCCUCGGCACGUGAAAAAUGAAACGCGGGCGCGGUUGCAGACUCCUCGAAAUAGCGAGCGCGACAAUGACGUAAGAGUCAUCGAGAAUUUUUUGUGGACCGAAAAAAAAUCGCGUAUAAUCUCGCAUGCCUUCGACAAAAAUUCAUUAAAAACUUUAAUAAAAUUGUAGUGGAAUUACGAGGUGUGAAAUGCCUUGUCAGGAUUGAGAAGUAUCUCAAUCGCGCUGCGUGCGCGCAAAUAAAUAUGUAGGUGUCACGCGUUGCAGCGCAUUCCUGAAAACACACAGACAUUUUAUGAAAGUGGAACUUUUGUCACACAGAUGACAAGAAACAGGGCGCUCCUUUUGUACGAAUUUUAUUGCGCGCAUAUGUGUUGUCAGUUAUAUGGACCAAAAUUAAAUUUAUUGCAGAUCAGGGGGCACAUUAUUGUCCGAUAAAAUUUAUAUCAACUUCGUAUAUCCGAUCCAUCGUGACGACAUAUUAUUGCCUCGUGAAAAUUUACGAAUACUCUAUAUUCAUUAAAAGUGUUCCUCGUUUAAUUAAGGGUAUCUAUAUAUGUAUAUAUAUGUACAUAUAUAUAUUUUGCUGUUAAAACGUUGGUGGCAAUUUUUAAUUAUCGUACUUCGGGACAUUAUUAUUCGCCAAUUAAAUGUUCUGCAAAAUUCUUCCGCUCUCAAUAUCGAUGUUACCUGUAACGAUUUCCACUGCCGCCGCUUAAUACGGAUGCUACGCACAGAACUGAUUCGGAUUAAAAAUUAUAGCGUAAGAUAACUCUCGCGUGUACAGAUUCGAAGAGGUUGAAAUCACAAGUCGCGAUUUAUAUGAUUCUUCUUGCUUAUGCAAGAAUUAUAAGUCUCAUUUGGAUGCCAUAUACUCGUUAACGAGACGAUUUCGAUCAUCAUAGAUACAAAAGAAUCGUUUCAUGCAAUUACAAUCGCGCUCGAGGCACACGGUUUCUAUCGCAGCAACAAUAAGGAAUUAAAUUAAUACGGGUGUAAAAUUGAAUUACGUUAUGUACAAAGAAACGAACAUGUGAAGCGCAAUAGCAUUUCUCUCUGGCCGGAAGUCUCCGCGCGGCAGUUAAUUUGCCUUCCGCUUUUCUCAUUCAUUACUCUUUACACGCACCAUUGUACAUAUCAAAACCUCAACGUUCUUCCGGUACUUUACGCUAAUUGUUAUUCCAGUUAUCAUUAGUAGCUGUUUUAUGCUAGAGCCAUUUAAAAUUCCAGUUUUUUUUAUUUAAAACGUUUCAGUUAAAUUUUGAUUGCGUAUAGCAAAUUUUUUUUCGUGUAACAAUUAUGAGGGAGUUAGAAAUUGCGAUAUUUUCCGAACAGAAGCUACUAAUUACAUUUAAUUCACAUUUAAAUGGAACAUAAUAAGCUUUAAAAUAAGAUUAAUAUAUAUGACGAAUAUUAUUUGGCUGGGAAAUUUCGUGUUAAUUUCAAACUAAAAAAAAA